CUACGUUAACAUAACGUUCUUUCUCUCAGCCCGAGACCUCUAUCCACAUUCGUUACCUUGCUGCUUCCUCUCUCUUUCUCUCUCUCUCUCCCGCUAGAAGAGAUGAAGAGACAAGAAAAUCCACUAAACUCAUCAUCAUCUCGACGGGAAACCCUGCCGGAAAACCACCAAGCCAAAAGCAUUGGCUGCAUGUCGGGACUCUUCCACCUCGUCUGCAAAUACCAAAAACGCAGGAAAUUCCUCACCUCUGCUCAGAAACAGGACAGAGUCUCCCCUUCUUCUCCUAAAAUCCCAAAGCCUUCACCGGAAGUCGCCGUCCAUGAGAAAACUGCCAAAGUGAAAGAAGAAGAAGCAAUCAAUUCUUUUGGGAAAAGCUCUCCUCCAGAAUGCGACUUCCGGAGAUUUUCUUGCGAGGCGCCGAGGAACCGAACACUGGCGGCGGAUAUCCAACGAUCGAAUUCAGUCAAUUCGCCGGAGAAUUUCCGCCGCCCGCAGACUCUGGUAGCGAGGCUGAUGGGAUUGGAUGAGAUCCCGGUGGCGUCGCCGAAAUCCGCCUCUGAGAAGAGGCAGAAACUGCUGGGAGCACUGGAGAAAUGCGACGAAGAUCUUAAGGCGCUUAGGAAGAUCAUUGAGUCCAUACGAUUAUCGGAUCAGAUUCAAUCUCCGUCACCGACGGCAGACUGGUUCACCGGCACUGGCGGGAGUAAUGGCACAAGUAGCACCAGAAGUGACUUUAAAGUGCAGGCAAGCUAUGGGCCGAUACGUCGGGCUAGGUUCCAAUUGGACAGUAGGGAUUCGAUAAUGAAGCACAAAAGUAGUUCGGAAUAUAACGGUGAACGGCCAAGUCCCGUUUCAGUGCUCGAUGAGAUCUCUUCUCCGCCGUUCACCUCCAAAAGAAGGAAAAACGGGGAAUACAAGAGGUCAAAAGAAGACAACAUCAGCUUCUCCUUUCACAGAAUUACAGCUGAAUCACUGCCAAGACCGUCUGGCCGCAGAGGAGACUAUGGUUGCGAGUAUUUUUGGUUGCCACCAAAGAAACUAGACUGGGUAUCGCCAUUUUCGAGCAGCAGAGCCAUGGUAGAAAGUGUAAAUGAAGUCUGUCAAGAAGUGAACUGGGAAGAGAAACGGGAGCUGAGAAGAAUUGGUUUAGCCAUACAGGAUUACAUAUUUGCAGGGUUGAUUGAAGAGGUUGUCAAAGAAUUAGAAUGCUGUAGCUUGUAUUCUUCACUUCGCUUUGAGGCAUGUAGGAAAAGGCUUUGUUUCUAGGCUGCUGCAUGUGGGCAAGAAAACACUUUUUUGUGUAAAAUCUGGUUCAUUCUUUGGUUAGUUGCUUUUUGGUUUGAUAGAGAUUUGGGUUGGUUGACCGCAUGGUAGAGUAUACAAAUUACCUGAUACUUUUUUGUUUA